AUGAAAUCAGCAGGCAAAGAGAAAGAGCCCAUGGCCUUCUCUGCAUUGCCACCCCAGAUGUUAGAGGAACUGCAGGAAGAUGACCUACAGUGGGGAGCAGCGGCAGCUCCGCGGCAUUCCCGGGACCGGCGCCUCCCUCUCCGGGACCGAUGGAAACCGGCAGAGGCUGCCCUCGCGCGGCGGGACCGGGCCGGGAGAGAGCCGAGCAUCCCCGCUCCGCUCCGGGACCGGGCCGGGAGAGAGCCGAGCAUCCCCGCUCCGCUCCGGGACCGGGCCGGGAGAGAGCCGAGCAUCCCCGCUCCGCUCCGGGACCGGGCCGGGAGAGAGCCGAGCAUCCCCGCUCCGCUCCGGGACCGGGCCGGGAGAGAGCCGAGCAUCCCCGCUCCGCUCCGGGACCGGGCCGGGAGAGAGCCGAGCAUCCCCGCUCCGCUCCGGGACCGGGCCGGGAGAGAGCCGAGCAUCCCCGCUCCGCUCCGGGACCGGGCCGGGAGAGAGCCGAGCAUCCCCGCUCCGCUCCGGGACCGGGCCGGGAGAGAGCCGAGCAUCCCCGCUCCGCUCCGGGACCGGGCCGGGAGAGAGCCGAGCAUCCCCGCUCCGCUCCGGGACCGGGCCGGGAGAGAGCCGAGCAUCCCCGCUCCGCUCCGGGACCGGGCCGGGAGAGAGCCGAGCAUCCCCGCUCCGCUCCGGGACCGGGCCGGGAGAGAGCCGAGCAUCCCCGCUCCGCUCCGGGACCGGGCCGGGAGAGAGCCGAGCAUCCCCGCUCCGCUCCGGGACCGGGCCGGGAGAGAGCCGAGCAUCCCCGCUCCGCUCCGGGACCGGGCCGGGAGAGAGCCGAGCAUCCCCGCUCCGCUCCGGGACCGGGCCGGGAGAGAGCCGAGCAUCCCCGCUCCGCUCCGGGACCGGGCCGGGAGAGAGCCGAGCAUCCCCGCUCCGCUCCGGGACCGGGCCGGGAGAGAGCCGAGCAUCCCCGCUCCGCUCCGGGACCGGGCCGGGAGAGAGCCGAGCAUCCCCGCUCCGCUCCGGGACCGGGCCGGGAGAGAGCCGAGCAUCCCCGCUCCGCUCCGGGACCGGGCCGGGAGAGAGCCGAGCAUCCCCGCUCCGCUCCGGGACCGGGCCGGGAGAGAGCCGAGCAUCCCCGCUCCGCUCCGGGACCGGGCCGGGAGAGAGCCGAGCAUCCCCGCUCCUCACACAGGGAUGCUGGAAUUUCUUGUGGGACCAUCUGCUGCUAAUUCUUCAAACCUCCUACACAUAAGGGCCCAGAAGGGCGAAGUCUUAAUAUGA